AUGAUUGCCGGUUAUAAGUCAAAGGCCAUUGCGGCGCCUUGGCUAUUCAAUAUUGCGACGCUUGCGCUUCUUGUUCCAACUGCACGAGCCCAUGAGCACGAUCCAAGUCGCAUUCCCAAUGGCGAGACAGUCUCUUUGGAGCCUUUGGAUACGGUAUUAUGGAUUCAUAUCUUGAUUCAAAUGUUAGCCUACGGGGUUAUCUUCCCGAUCGGCAUGGUUCUGGGUAUGACAAAGAACCGAUGGCAUGUUCCUACCCAGGCCGUUGGAACAAGUUUCGCUAUUCUCGGGUUCUUCCUGGGCCAUGCGCAUAAGGGUCGCCAAUUCAUUCCGAAUCACGUUCAUGGCAAAUUCGCGCAUGUCCUCCAGCUCCUCCUCGUAGCGCAGGUUGUUCUUGGACUUUACCUCAAGGGCCACUGGGAGAAGGGUAUCAAUGGCAAGAUUAGAAAGCUGAUCCGGCCUUGCCAUUCCGUCAUUGGCAAGCUGAUGCCUGUGCUGGCAUGGACGCAGAUGAUCUUUGGCGGUAUCACAGCUCUUGGCUUCUGUCAAGGAGAUCAUACUGGCCAGUGUGCAGCUCAUUUCAUUAUGGGCGGUGCAUUUAUCGCGUACGGCAUUAUUCUUACCAUUAUUCUUGUUGUUGGCCAGCUCUGGAUCCGGCGUAACGGCCGUUCUCAAGAAUUCUACGAUAGCAUUGUCAUUGCAGCCUGGGGUUGCGUCAAUACCUUCACCGAACAUCGCUGGGGCACCGAUUGGGUUAAGAAUGACUGGCAGCACACGACGAUGGGCAUCAUAUGGUGGUGUGCUGGUUUAGCUGGUAUUUGGCUGAGCAAGGACCGUGAUGGAAACCCCAAGCGUAACUUCAUCCCCGGCUUCGUCAUUUUCCUGACUGGCUGGGGCAUGUCUGCCCACCCUCAAGAGUUGAUGGUUAGUGCUGCUACGCACACGAUGUUUGGCUACACUCUCAUGGCUGUCGGUAUUACUCGAAUUAUCGAAAUUGCCUUUGUACUGAGAGACGCACACUCCAUCUCAGAAGAUGGCCGAUCCGCCAACAGUUUUCAGUUUAUUCCCGUUUUUCUACUGUACGCCUCUGGGUUUCUGUUCAUGGGCGCCACCGAAGAGCAAAUGGAACUAGUUGCCAGUUCCUCCAUGGACCACAUCUCGUAUAUACUUAUCACCUACUCGCUCGCCUCCCUCAUGUUCCUCUUUGCCAACAUGCUCAUCGGUCUCUGGGACCGCCUUGCCCACCCCAUUCUGGACACUAAGGAGCUUGGUACUAACCGUUAUGCCAAUGGUCUGACAGUGGAGGAUGGUCAAAUGCGGGAUGCCCAAGAAUUCGAGUUGGACGGAUUGACGAGCGACGACGAAGACGAUCCUAGUCAACAAAUGCUAAGUCACAACAGCGACAGCACAAGAAACAGGACCAGGAACUAA